AUGCGGCGUUCAUGGCAACUGAUUCGAAGCGAUCGCUCAGUGUCGAAACCAGAGGAGACGCAGAAACUGCGAGAUGUCAUGCGCCUGGAUGAGAGGAAAGACAGUGAAAGGAUGACACUCGAAUCAAUAGCCGUGGACGCCGCAACGGGAGACGAGGAUUUCGACGUAGAAAACGAGGCAACUCUAAUAGCGUGGUUUGUCGAUCUCUUCAGAAGGUGUUUAGAUGAAGAGCCAUUCCGUAAGGAAUUGGGCAGCUUCUUAGGGUUCAAUUUGGCAAUGCUGCAAGAAGUGGAGACGCGAUUAAUUGAAAGUAUCCAUGCUCAGAUAAAAGAUUACAUUCAAAUGGAAGAACUACGUGAAAAGGACAAGCAGAAAUUCAAAGAAACGGUUCCAAAGUUCCCUAAUGACGUCAGUUUUGGGCCGCCCCCACCUGAAGGAUCAGUUGUUGAACAAUUGCAGUUGUUAAUGUUUGGCUGUGAACAGGCGAGGAAAUUCAUUGCGGAAGCGAGGAACUGCGAAAGGUGA